GUUGGCCCAAGGACUGCAGCGAGAUCUCCGCUGGCAGCCCCAGCGGCGUCUACGUCAUCCAACCCAUGGGUCUGCACCUCAUCGUGGUGUACUGCGAAAUGAACGUGACGGACGGGGGCUGGACGGUCAUCCAGAGGAACCAGCAGAGCACGGAGAUCACCUGGGCCGAGUCCUGGAGCACCUACAAGUACGGCUUUGGGAAACUGCACACCGAGUACUGGCUGGGCACCGAGUACAUCCAUCAGAACUCCAAGCAGAAGGUCUACCAGGUCAGGUUUGUCAUCUGGGAUGCCGCAAACAACGCCAAGUUUGCAGACUACAACCUCUUCAGUGUGGAAGAUGAGUCCCAGGGCUACCGGCUGAGGCUGGGAGCGUACUCAGGGACAGCAGAGGAUGCCAUGGCCUCAAAGAGUCCCAGCACCACGCAUGACAACAUGAAGUUGUCCGCGAAAGAUCUGGCUCAGGACACUUGGCCUCCAGCAACGGGGGCGGGUGGUGGUACUCGGCGUGCUAUUCUGUACGGCUGA